ACCCGCCCCCGGCUGCGCGCAGCAAACUGGAGGCGUACGUGGAGGCCCUCGAUGCGCCUCGGCCUGCCCACCACGCCGCAGCUGACGAGGACUGGGUCAUGACCACCCGCGCCGACGCGGAGAUUCCCCUUGCCGCGGCGGUUGCAGUGUCGUCGGACAACCGGCAGGCUCUCGUCGAGCGGGGAGAGAAGAUCAGCGGGCUCGCGGAGAAGUCCGAGGACCUGGCGGACGCCGCCACCGACUUCCUCCACACCGCAAAGGCGCUGCGAAGGCAGGCCGAGGAGCGCUCGGGGUGGCUCCCAUUCUGAGUGCCCCUCUGGGCCUGACCUUGCUCGGUCAGCAGUCGACGGUCAGCGUGCUCCACAUUGGGCACGCGCUGACCGUCGUGGCGCUCCACAGUGGCCUGCUGCCGAGUGACGUGGUGCCGUACGCGCUCACCCGGGAUGUGUGGCAGCCAGCGCUGGCUGAGUGUCGUGUGUGUGUCGAGGACUCCUUCCUACCAACGCGCAGCUCCUCGCCGUGCACCGGCAUCGGGGCGUUGGCCGGCGGCUCGGCCCGCGGUGUGUUGUCAGUCGGCCGGAGAGGGUAUGGAGAGCGGCACGUGCGCGCACGGCGCGCUCUCCCUAGGAGGAGCCACGCACCGCGCGGUCCGCCCGGGCCGCGCCGUCGUCCGUCGUUCUGUGAGCUGUGUCACACCCUAUAGCUA